CGCUGCUGGGCCGUCCUGUGGAGGGCGCUGCGAGGGGCCUUCUUCUGGGCGUGCGACGCCGUCACACUGUGGGGGCUGCAGCAGAACGAGCAACGCCUCCUCCAAGAGCACCGCGACGAGCGCCCCGCCGCACUGCCGUCGUGACCGGGACGGCAACAGGUGCUGGGCCUGCUCGGCCCGGUCGGCAUGGAGGCGCUGUGCGAGAGGUUGUACAGGCACCCCCGCCUCGUGGGCUUCUUCGGGGUGCUGCUCGCCGUCAAGCUGUACUUCAAGCUGACGACGGGGCGAUGCCACAGCCGGCGCCGCCUGGACGGGCUCACGGCCAUCGUCACCGGCGGCAACUCGGGCAUCGGCAAGGAGACGGCCAGGGACCUGGCGCAGCGCGGCGCCCGGGUCAUCCUGGCGUGUAGGAACCUCGUCAAGGCCGAGGAGGCCAAGGCGGACAUCAUCCGCACCACGGGCAACUCCAGCGUGGAGGUCCGGCCGCUGGACCUGAGCAGCCUCAAGUCGGUGCGCGAGUUCGCGGAGGAGAUCGUGACCACCGAGCCGAGCCUGCACAUCCUCGUCAACAACGCGGGCAUGCCGGGCAACCGGGGCAAGCGCUCUGCGGACGGCUUCGACCUGUGCGUGCAGAUCAACCACUUGGGCCACACCCUUCUCACCGUGCUGCUGCUGGACCUGCUGAAGCGGUCAGCGCCGGCGCGGGUGGUGUUCGUGUCCUCCAUGAUGCACUUGAUGUACGCUCGCCUGGACGUAAACGACCUGGUGCACGAGAAGCUGGUGCCGUACGACCACUUGGUGGCCUACUCCAACACCAAGCUGUGCAACAUCCUCACCUCCAACCACCUCGCCAAGAUCCUCAGCGGCUCGGGCGUGACGGUGAACAGCCUCCACCCCGGGGCCGUGCUGACCGACAUCUGGGAGAGGUUGCCGAGCUUGCCGCGGGCCCUCGUCAAGUCCGUCCUGCGCCUCUUCAUGAAGAGCACAGAGGAGGGUGCGCAGACCACCAUCUACCUGGCGGUGUCCGAGGACGUGGAGGCGGUCACGGGGAAGUACUUCUCCGACUGCAAGGAAGUGGCGCCGUCGGCGCAGGCGCGAAACGCGGACCUGGCCCGCGUCGUCUUCGAGAAGAGCUGCGCGCUGGUGGGAGUCCCCGUCCCCGGCAACCCGAGCAGGCUGUGAGCAUGGACAGCGCCCUGGUCCUCGUGGACAUACGGUGGAGUGACCGUCUACGAAUAUCGCUUUUCUUUAUUACAAAAAUUAAAAACAAACAAAUGUAUACAAAAUUUAAGAAAAUUGUGUUCUUAGACAACUAUUUUUGUACACUUUGCUCACGAAGAAAAAUUAAUAAAAACAUCAUUCAUACAAUUAAUCGUA